AUGAGGAAGCUGCUGAAAGUUGACAUCGACCACUCCCAGAACAUUUUGGAUGAGCUUAAGAUACACCAUAGAAUGGCAAGGAGCCUCAAUUUUUUGGGCUCAGUCCUUAAGGUCGUGGCGGGUACACCCGACGCGGAUGAUCUUAGUAGAAUUAAAACCAAUCAAGCAUCGCUUAUCGAGGCCAACAAUAGACAGAUAGCGCACUUACAGGUACAAACGCAAAGAAUGGGAAUAUCAGAAUGUAUGCAGAUCAUGCUUAAUGAAGGCGGAUCGCGGAGUAUGUGGCGCGGCAACGGCAUCAAUGUCUUAAAGAUUGCUCCCGAAACCGCCCUUAAGAUUGCUGCCUACGAGCAGAUGAAGCGACUGAUCCGUGGAGAGGAUGCCAGCCGGCAGAUGCGCAUCGUCGAGCGCUUCUAUGCUGGAGCGGCGGCCGGUGGCAUUUCCCAGACCAUCAUCUACCCCAUGGAAGUAUUAAAGACGCGCCUGGCGCUGAGGAAGACUGGUCAGUACGCCGGCAUCGCAGAUGCUGCGGCAAAGAUCUAUAAACACGAGGGUGCGCGAAGCUUCUACAGGGGCUAUGUGCCGAACAUCCUGGGAAUCCUGCCAUACGCCGGCAUCGAUCUGGCCGUAUAUGAGACUCUAAAACGACGAUACAUGGCCAGCCACGACAACAACGAGCAGCCCAGUUUCCUGGUGCUCCUCGCUUGUGGCAGCACAUCGAGUGCGCUCGGCCAGCUCUGCUCCUACCCCCUGGCGCUGGUGCGGACUUGGCUACAGGCACAAGUCGCCGAAACAAUUGCCAAUCAAAAGCGUAAGACCCAGAUCCCCCUGAAGAGCAGCGAUGCGCAUAGAAGCGAAGAGACUAUGACGGGCCUGUUCCGCAAGAUCGUGUGACAGGAGGGCCUCACGGGGCUGUACCG